AUGUCGUGGCAAGAGAUGAUUGAAAACUUGCAAACCGUCGCGUUGCCGGACGGCACGCAGCUCGGGAUGUUGAGCGCUUGCGCGAUUUGCGAUCUGCAAGGGAACUUAUGGGGUCAAUCCGAGGGAUUCCCCGGAAUUGCCACGGAUGAAGCGCAAAAGUUGAUGGAACUCUUCGCGGAUCCUUUCUCGCACUGCGCGAACGGGAUAUACAUUGGAGGCACGAAGUACGUCUAUUUAAACGGUUCGGACGAAGACGGAGGGGUCGUUCGAGGGAAGAGAGGCACGGAGUACGGUUUAGUCGUGAAGAAGUGCAAAACAUGCUUCGUUAUUGGUAUUCACGGAAACAACCUGGAGACGCGACAGUGCUCGGCGCACGUGGAGGGGUUCGGCGAAUAUCUCGUCGGGCAAGGCAUGUAG